GCUUUAAAUAUUAAAACAUAAACUGGAAAAAUCCCACAUAAUCACUCAAGCCCUAAUUCUCUCUCUCUUCUCUUCUCUUCUCUUUCUCUUCACUCUCUCUGUUUCUGAAGGUAAAAAAUGACUGAGCCGUCAAAGGUCAUUCAUGUUCGCAACGUGGGCCACGAGAUCUCAGAGAAUGACUUGCUUCAGCUAUUUCAGCCCUUUGGAGUCAUUACCAAACUUGUAAUGCUCAGGGCAAAAAAUCAGGCCCUCUUGCAAAUGCAAGACAUUUCUGCUGCUGUAAAUGCAAUACAGUUUUAUUCAAAUGUUCAACCCAGCAUAAGGGGAAGAAAUGUUUAUGUACAGUUCUCAUCUCAUCAAGAACUGACAACUGUGGAGCAGAGUUCGCAAGGGCGAGGGGAUGAGCCUAAUCGAAUUCUGUUAGUUACAAUACAUCACGUGCUUUAUCCUAUAACUGUGGAUGUGCUGCAUCAAGUUUUUUCACCCCACGGAGUUGUUGAGAAGAUUGUGACAUUUCAGAAGUCGGCUGGUUUUCAAGCUUUAAUUCAGUACCAGCUACUUCAGACUGCUAUUUCUGCUAGGAGCUCUCUCCAGGGACGUAAUAUAUAUGAUGGCUGCUGUCAGCUUGACAUACAAUUCUCAAACCUGGAUGAAUUGCAAGUGAAUUACAACAACGAGCGCUCUAGGGACUACACCAACCCAAAUUUACCAGCUGAGCAGAAGGGCAAAUCUCCUCAACAAGGAUAUGGAGAUGCAGGAGCCAUGUACUCUGUGCAAGGUUCUGGGCCUCGUGGAGUUGGAUUUCCUCAGAUGGGAAAUGCUGCAGCCAUUGCAGCUGCUUUUCCUAGCGGUUUGCCCCCUGGCAUAAGCGGGACAAAUGACCGGUGUACUGUUCUUGUAUCUAACGUAGAUCCAGAUAGAAUAGACGAGGACAAGCUUUUUAAUCUGUUCUCCCUUUAUGGAAACAUUGUCAGAAUUAAAAUCCUACGGAAUAAACCAGAUCAUGCUCUGGUUCAGAUGGGUGAUGGCUUCCAGGCAGAGCUUGCUGUGCACUUUUUGAAGGGUGCCAUGUUAUUUGGCCAGCGGUUGGAAGUCAACUAUUCGAAGCACCCAAAUAUUAUCACUGGACCAGAGACCCGCGACUACUCAAACUCAAAUCUCAAUCGUUUCAACAGGAACGCUGCUAAAAACUACCGGUAUUGUUGUUCCCCUACCAAGAUGAUCCAUCUCUCAACCUUGCCCCAGGACGUGACAGAAGAAGAGAUUGUGGUCCACGUAGAGGAGCAUGGUCCCAUUGUGAACACAAAGCUUUUCGAAAUGAAUGGAAAGAAGCAGGCUCUUGUUCUUUUCGAAAGUGAGGAGCAGGCAACUGAGGCACUGGUGUGUAAACAUGCCACAUCUCUCGAUGGCUCGAUCAUUCGGAUUUCAUUUUCUCAGCUACAAAGCAUAUGAGAAAGAUAUGAAAUUCUGAAAAAGAAUACAGUGGUACAGUAGACUGAAUAUUAACAACCGAAGCUUUUGUUGUAACUUCAGUUUCUUUCUACUAGUGUACUUGUCUUUUCAUUGAGCUCAAGGUAUAUUGGGAAAUUAAAGUGUGUUGUACUGUACUAAUAUGGUAGACAACAUUCUUUUAUAGUAAAGAUGUUUUCUUCCUUCA